AUGUUCUAUUUGUUGGUUUAUAAAAACUGUAUGUUCUAUUUGUUAGUUUAUAAAAACUGUAUGUUCUAUUUGUUAGUUUAUAAAAACUGUAUGUUCUAUUUGUUAGUUUAUAAAAACUGUAUGUUCUAUUUGUUAGUUUAUAAAAUCUGA